AUGGUGCAAGUGAAAGUUACAGAAGGGAUUCUGGAAGGGGAACAACUGGAAAAUGAUUAUGGAAAUUCAUUUUAUAGUUUCAAAGGCAUACCGUACGCGGAGCCUCCGUUAAGUGAUUUGAGGUUUAAGGCACCAAGACCAAAACAGCCGUGGCCAGGCGUGUAUCAAGCGAAGACGCAUGGUCCAAUGUGUUAUCAAAUAGACUUCUUCACAAGACAGACGCCCGAUUACAUUCCAAGUGGUAGCGAAGAUUGCCUUUACCUUAACGUGUACACACCUGAUAUCAAACCAGAAAAACCAUUAGCAGUAAUGGUGUACAUCCACGGUGGCGGUUUCAUGAGUGGUUGUGGAAAUCACGAAGUUUUCGGACCUGAAUUUUUAGUCAAAAACGAUGUGAUACUUGUUACGCUUAACUACAGACUAGAGGUAGUUGGUUUUCUGUCACUGGACACAAAAGAAUUACCGGGAAACGCUGGAAUGAAGGAUCAAGUGCUAGCUUUAAAAUGGAUCAAGAAGAAUAUCGGUUUCUUUGGCGGUGAUUCCGAUAACAUGACCAUUUUUGGUGAAAGCGCUGGCGCUGCAAGCGUGUCUUAUCACUUGGUAUCACCCAUGAGCAAAGGUCUCUUUAACAGAGCUAUUAUGCAAAGCGGGACCAUAACCUGUCCGUGGGCGAUCAGUAGGUUAAGUGCGCGCGAAAAAGCAUUCCUUCUUGCGCGGCAAAUGGGCUGUGAGUCCAACAACGAAAAGGAAGUGUACGAAUUCUUUAAACGGAAACCGAUAGAAGAUCUCAUUGUAAAGCAAGUACCUCUAACAUACACCCAAUAUACAAGAAUAUGGUUCAGCGUUUACUUCACAGUCGUAUCGGAAAAGCAUUUCGAUGGCGAGGAAAGGUUUUUUGCGGGAGACGUCUACGAUGUUUUACGUGAUGGCAUUCACGAAGGGGUCCAAGUGAUAAACGGUUACGUGGAAGACGAGGGAACAGUGCUUUUCGCGAAAGGUCUCAAUAUAAAACAACUAUUGGAACAAGCUAACGGCUUCUACGAGUUGUACGUCCCGCAACCUUUAGAGUUGUAUUGUACGCCACUACAACAGCUGGAAAUCGGCAAACGAGUUCGAAAUUUCUAUUUGCGUGACACAAAGACCGUCGAAGAGGUCGUUAAUGCGAUGAUAAGAUUUAUCGGCAUGGACUAUUUCAAGUACGGCGCCUCGAUGUGGCAAAAAAUAUGCGCGCAGAGGAACAAAAACCAGAUUUAUUCUUAUAGGUUUUCAUGUAACUCGGAGAGGAACGUUUUUACGAGUGUGUUCGGGACGGAAGAAGCUCUAGGAUAUAAAAGACCAGUCUCUCAUUCUGACGAUCUCGCAUAUUUGUUUCCUUUGAGAUCGUUUUCUUCGAAAGUACAUCCUAACUCGACAAGCUAUAAGAUGAUUGAAACCGUAUCAACGUUAUGGACCAACUUCGCGAAGUACGGGGACCCGACGCGUGACAACAGUUUCCAGGCAAAAUGGGAACCUUAUACAAUCGAAAAGCAACAAUAUUUGGAUAUUGGAGAAACAUUACGGUUAAAAACUAAAGCUGAUAAAGAAGAAAUAGAUUUUUGGGAGAACAUAUUUCAAGAAUAUUACCCACACAUGUCACCUUAA